AUGCCACAACCCGGAGACUGGGUUUGUGUCGGAGAGGGCCUCGGUGGUCCAGGGCUCAGCACGUCCUGCACCACCGACACUCAAGGGAGGCGCUGCUCCGGGCACUCGCUGUCGGUGUUGCUCACCUACAUCUCAGGACCAACCCAGUUCCCAGAGUACAUGGCGGUCCUGAUGCUGGACGACAUCCAGGUGGGGUACUAUGACUCAGAGACCAACAGAGUGAUGAAGGUCGGUGCUGGAGGUGAGAAAGGGGAGGAGCUUGACGUGGACCAGUUAGCCUUGGAUGGGCUGUGGAACAAUAUGAAGGGGAUGAGGAUCAGGUUGGACAUAGCCAGAAAACAGCUGAACCUGACCUCUCCAGGCAUCUACGUUCAACAGAGGAUGGUGGUUUGUGGGGACCAGGAAGACGAUCAGCAUAAUUUCCUCAUGGUCAGGGAUGGUGUGAAUGGUCAUGAUGCCGAAAGCAUAGUGUGUAACACGACCCACUUCCUGUACGGCGGUGGUGAUGGUUGGGAGUUCCAGUUGGACACCAUGGAGCAGAUUUACUUUCAGAUGCGCUUCUCAAACAUCUACCUGCCCUUCUGUGCCCGGACUCUGAAACACCUGCUGGAGAUCAACAACCGGGGGGGCGGGGCCCAGAUCACCUGUCUGGCCACAGACUUCUACCCUCGCCACAUCAACCUGACGCUGCUGCGGGUCGGUGAACCCGUGGAUGAGGACCAAAUGACCGUUGGCUCGGUGCUGCCCAACGGCAACGGUCUCUUCCAGCUGAGGAAGACUCUGGUGGUGGAUGAAGAGGAGCUGCAGAGGAAGCACAAGUACACCUGUGCAGCGUCUCCCCUGAGUCUGGACAACCGGCUGGACGUGAGCUGGAGGGCGGAGUCUUUCCGUUCAUUCAGAGUCCACGUCAUCUCUGCUCCGUCGUCCUGA